AUGGAGAACCACAAUUCCGGCGACUCGAAGGACCCCGCGAGUUUCUUGUCCUCGAUCAUUGGAGUGCCUGUCACCGUCAAACUCAAUUCCGGCGUGGUGUACAAGGGCGAGUUACAGUCUGUGGAUGGAUACAUGAACAUCGCACUGGAAAAGUGCGCAGAAUACGUCAAUGGGCAACUACGACGGAACUACGGCGACGCCUUUGUGAGAGGGAACAACGUGCUGUAUAUUGCGAGCGAAUGA